AUGAAUUUUGCUGGAAAUUUUAACGAUUCGAUGCCACAGUCACAAAUGACUCCUGGAAAAAGAGUAGUGGGAAAUAACGUUGACUCUGUGGUGGAGCAGUCAAACGACUCGGCCAAGAAACUCAAAAGUUCGUAUAGGGUAGGUUUGCUUCUCCGUUGAAUAUGUAUUUUGUACGCAUAUCUGUUUGCUUGAAGUUAUUAUUUUCUUUUCAGGACAAAAACCAAACAUUAAACCCAGCAGAAGGUAGUUUUGAACAGCAAAAUUAUAACUCAGGUACGCGUGUUUUAUAUAGCCUUAUUUUUUUUCUAGUUUAUCAGGGCUUUUUUUAUUAAUAUUUCAUGACACAGGCUGAGGCACUUUCUAAACACAACAUGUCGGAAAUUCGUUGGGUGGGGAGGAGGCAAAAACUGGCUAAUUGUCCGAAAUUUUGACCUGAAAAGACUAAAUGAGGACUUGAAUAAGGUUUAUUGUAAUAACUUAUUUCCUCCUUUUCUAAAUUGUAUAGUGUUAAAGGAACUAAACUUUUACUGUUUGAGAAAACUUUAGAUUUUGCUGUUUUCAAAUACGAUACAUGGUACCCCCAUCUAGACACUCCUAAAACAACGAAAUUCAGUAUAAAUUGUAAGGGAAGCCUCACAUAUCGAUUUUGUCCACGAGACUAAACGUCAUAUGUUCGUUUGGGGAUGCCCCCCCCCCCACCCAUUGCAGCUGUGAAGUUUCUCUGUAAAACAACGUGGAAAAAUUCGAUAGUUUUUUCGGAAUCAUCUUUGCAGAAUAUAAAAAAGAAAACAACUUGAUACAAACACCAGUCUAUACAUUCGUAAUACCAUACGAAAUUUCGGCACACUCCGUUGACUUUGUCAGCUUCGUGCCAGCCGCGUAGAUGAAAACAAUCAAUUGAUAAGGACUGCAUGGAACUGACGUCCCAUGGAACUGACGAAUUCAAUUUCUGACAUCUCACUUUUUGAACUCGAGUUCUCGCUCGAGACAUAUAUGCAUGGCCAUGGAGCUCACUUCUAUUGACUAGUAAAAUCAAAGUGCUCGCCCCAUGCAUUUACCAUCUGGUUUUCAGUCAAAAUAGUGGUCAACAGGUCCGGCCCUCCCGGCCUCCCCAGGGCACUGCAGCCAAGAAAAUCAAAGUCCGUCCCUUGGGACAUGCAAGCCCGUCAUUAUCAUAUGGGUCCUCAUACUCCCGUAUGGGUUCUGUGACCUAAGCAGAUUUUGAGGGGUACAGUGUCAGUUUGUAUGGAAAUCCCACAUACCACAUCAAUUUCAAAAUUUAAAGAAAAUCUGCUGUUAUGGACCUUGGAUGGACCCCUUCCCCGCAUGGAGUGUAUAAAUGCAUCCACGAAAACAUUAAGAUAUUCACCCAAGUUUUUCUAACUACAAGAGAUAAUCAGCAUUAUUAUUGUUAUUGUUAUUGUUAUGGCGAUGAAAGUAAAUGAACAAGCAUAAAACGCAGGAAAUAUUACGACACAAAACUAGUAAAUCCAAUUACUAAGACUGUAUAUUAAGACAUGGAGAACAAAAAAGAACUUUUCGCCGUGGUCCUGGAUACUUUCCUGCUUUUUUAAAACACAUAAGUCUGUGACGUUAUAGACAGGACGUAAAAGCACCUUAAAUACCGUUCAAAACACAACGUAAACGACGUUGAUCCUAUAGACUAAACUGGGAGCAAAAAUCCCUACUCAUAUGCAGACCCUAAUUACCAAACCAUAUCAUUACGUCGACGUCGUGCUGUGUUUGCCAAAGCUGCCCAAUACCAGGCGCCUUUGCAAGUCUUUCCACGACGUCAUAAUUUUGAAACAACAAAAACAAUGCUACAUGAGAGUGCCCUUUGACUCACAAAUGGGCGUUCAGGAACCCCAAUGAUGGUUCAGGAACCCCAACCUAAAUGAGUACCCCUUGCGAAGCGAUGGUCCUCCUUAUCCCAUGUAUGUUUGUUGGUAGAGUUGGUCGUGUGUACCGUAUUUCAAUAUACUUCACCCAUGUAUACCGUAUAUCAAAACAUAUACCAGCUCUGGUCCCAGACUGACAAUAUGUAAAUCAAUCAGAGUAGUACAAUUUGUAAAUCAAUCAGAGUCACUAUCUUGAUCACUUUCCGAGGAGGCAAAAUGAUGUCUCAAAGAAACUACAUGUGCAGACAACAUAAAACUUUAGACUGCAGAAAAUAGCACAAGCAUUUCUCCAGGGGGUGAGUAGUGACCAAUCCCUAAGCUCGCCGGCGCGCUUUUCUGUAUUCACCUUCAAGUCUCCGUAUUUCGUUGUAGCUAUCUCAUGUAGCUUCAUGUAUACUGUAUUUAGGUGGCUUGUCCUUACGUAACGUUACCAUAAUGAUUCGGAGUCACAGUGGGAAUUGUAUAAAACACUACGUAAUGAAGUAAAUAUAAACAUGCGGAAAGCAAAAUCUAAGUACUUUUGUGAUAAAAUUCAGGCAAGCUCUCAAAUGGGAGACAGUAAAAGCGGAUAUCCGGGCUUGGAUAAAUUCGCUCUUAGGAAGAAAGCAUAAGAAUGCAAAUAUUAAUGAACUGAAAGUAAAUGAUGAUAUUAUUUCUGAUGAUAAAUCUAUUACUGAAACAUUAAAUGAAUAUUUUAUAAAUAUUGGAAUGAAGAUGGCUGCUGAAUCAGCAUGUCAAAGCACUGAUGCUUUAAAUGAUCAAGUAAUUUAUGAAAGUACUGUGCUUCUUCCUAAAGAAAAUUUUCACUUCGCAGAUAUUACUAUAGAUAGUGUUUCCAAACGCCUACAAAAACUAAAUGUCUCAAAAGCGACAGGUAUGGAUGGAAUACCUGCGAAUAUUUUAAAACUGACAUCAACCCUUAUUGCUCCAUCUAUGACUUUUAUAUUUAACCUAUCGAUUAGAACUGGUAUUUAUAUAGAUGAGUGGAAAUUAGCUAGAUCUCGAGUUAUACCAAUUUACAAAUCUGAGGAUAAGCGUAAAUGCGAAAAUUAUAGACCAAUUUCAAUUCUUCCCAUAAUAAGUAAAAUAUUUGAAGGGGAAGUUUUUACUCAAAUAUAUAGCUUUUUGAAUAAACAUGCGCUUCUGUCUAAAUUUCAAUCCGGGUUUAGACCAAAACAUGGAACCUUAGGUGCUCUUAUACAAAUGUGUGAUCAAUGGCUACAAGACAUGGAUGAAGGCAAAAUAAAUGGAGUUGUUUUUCUUGAUAUAUGUAAAGCAUUUGACUCGGUGAAUCACGAGAUAUUAUUGGAGAAGCUUAAAACCCAGUUUGGAAUUCACGACAUUGAAUUAAAAUAGUUUCAAUCAUACUUAAGGAAUAGAAAGCAAGUGUGUUCUGUUAAUGAUCAAACUUCUUCUGCAAGAACAAUAAUAUGCGGAAUUCCGCAAGGAUCCAUACUUGGUCCAUUAUUGUUUUUGCUAUAUAUUAAUGAUAUGCCUGACAUUUUAGAAAGGACAACCCCAUGUCUUUAUGCCGACGACACUCAGAUAUCUUCCUCUUCGCAUGAUUACGAUACAUUUGAUUGACAAUUUGAAUAUGGACCUUUCCAGUAUUCAUAAAUGGCUUGCUAAAAACAAACUAAAAUAUCAUAGGAAAAAAAACAAAAGUCAUGUUUAUUGGAUCUACGCAUAAUCUAAAUAAUAAAAUAGGAAAUAGACCCGUUGAGAUUAACAAAAUCCCAGUCCCACAAACCAAUACAUUUCAAUGUCUAGAUGUAAAUCUAGAUGAAAAAUUAAGUUGGGAGAAACAUAUUGAUUCUGUAUGCCAUAAGAUUAGCGCUGGAAUAGGAGCAAUUAAAAGAAUAAAACCUUAUGUUCCACACAAAACCUUACAUGAUGUCUACAAAACAUUAAUUCAGCCUCAUUUUGAUUACUGUUCUCCCCUGUGGGAUAACUGUGGUUUGGGACUUCAAGACAAAUUGCAAAAAUUCCAAAAUCGAGCAGCAAGGGUGAUUACCGGAGCUGACUACGAUGUAAGAUCGUCUGAAGUCCUAAACAAAUUAGGCUGGGGGACCCUGGCUAGGAGACGAGAACAAAACAAGCUAGUAUUGAUGUAUAAAGUCUUGGGGAACCACACUGCGCCAAACCUUAAAGAUCUUUUUUCUCGGAGAAAUGCAUCGCAGAAUAUUUAUGACUUACGCAAUAGCGAAACUGAUCUUUCGUUAAAAAAACCGAAAACGGAAUUUCUAAAGAAAACAUUUGGAUACAGUGGAGCACUUCUAUGGAAUAGUCUCCCGCAAGAUGUCAAGGCGGCUGAGUCAAUUACGUCAUUUAAAACAAUGGCUAAAUUGCAUUUAAGCAGAUGAUAAGCUAAUUUCUCCAGGACCAAAUGAUGGGAGGACAAUAUAGAUUGUGGGCGGGAGGGGGGUUAGUUUUGCGUGAGGGUGGGUGGGUACUUGUUUAGGGGGCAGAGGUUUGGGAGGAAGAUGAUAAAAUUUUAGGGUGGGAUUCUUACAUAUUUUGUUCUAUAUAUAGUUAACAUUUAGCUCUUUGUGUGUAUACGCCCUUCGUGGAAACCAGUUGUAAAUAAUUGUCGAAGUUAGCGUAUUGAAAUAAAGUUUUACAUACAUACAUACCGUAUUUACUCGUUUGAGCGCCGCGGCGCUCUUUACAGUUUCAGAGCUUCAGAUGCGGCGCUCAUUCGGGGACGGCGCUCAAUCGGGGGCGGCACUGUUUAAAAAAAUAUUUUAUUUGUGAAUUAUAACAAGAACUUUUAACCGAAUAAAAUAAACUAGUUUUAAAUGUCUUUGUCAAUAAAUGUCCCCCAUUUUGACGGCGGAAAGUUUUUGCACUGUUUACAAGUUCACAAAAUAUCAAUGUCACUGUCUCUUCAUGAUCCGAGUCCAACUGCUGCAUCAUAACCAUUGUUGGAUAUGCCUCUUCGACAUAAGAAGACGUAAAUUCGUCGCAAUUGAAAGGGAUUCGAUUAAGUGCCGCAUUUGAAAAUAAUUAGUACGGUGCGCAUUUCGGGGCGGCGCUCAAUCGAGUAAAUACGGUAUACGUAUACCAUAUUUCGGUAUGACAGAAAGAUGACUUUGAAAUAAAGUCGAAAAUUUACAGUCUCAAACUGCGUCUUGUUUUGAAUUAUAUAUUGAAUUCUCAAGAUGUCCUGUAUUUUCGGAAUUUGCUUUUUACUUUAUUUUUUUAAAUUGUCGGCUGGUCAUGGUUUUUGGACUAAUCUCCGAAGCACCGACUCUGAUUUGCAUAAUAUUUCGGUAUGUUGUACGUUUUCAUGUAUAUCGUCUGUAUACAUACACAGUACUUGGCCUCAGUGACGCAGGGAUGCAGAGUGAAUCUUUAAUUUUGGCAACAUAUAAUUUAAAAAACAAACAAACAGAAAAACCUCUAUAUUUGGAACACCCAUUUUUUGCACCCCGAGAAUGACGUAACACUGCUUAACAUGAACGAGAGUUUGGAACGCCCCUCUUUGACGUCCUUGUCAAAAUGGGUCCGCCUAUACAGUUUAACGGCAAAUUACAUGUUACCCGCUCUGCCACCUGUCUCAGCUGUCCUGGUCAUUAUUCCUUAGAUAGAUGUCAUUCGGGAAACUCGUCUUAGACGGGAAACUCGUCUUAGACGGGAAACUCGUCUCAGACGGAAAACUCGUCUAAUAAGAAUCCGGGGGCAGACGAGUUUCCCGUCCGAACUUUUCCGUCUAACUUACCCGUCCAAACAGACGGGAAAGUUAGACGGGAAUCCCAUCUACACGGGAAACUCGUCUUAAGUUCGAAUUUAUCCGUCCCUAAAUUCAUAUUCAGACCGGUUUUGACAGACGAGUUUCCCGUCUAUAAGACGAGUUUCCCGUCCCUAAUAUGAAUUCGCUAUUAUUCAUUAAUAAGUAAUCAAUCACUCCAGUCUUAUAAGUCAUAUACUUAUUAUCUAUCUGAGUCGCCUAAGGAAAAGCUUUCUUUUUUAUAGAAAACUUCAUGGGAUCUGCUUGUAAGACAGGAAAUAAUUCAAUGUCAGAUAGAAACAGUGCGCCAAAAAUGGAUGAAACUCUGCGAAGUAUGUUCUUCAUUUUAUUUUGCAUAUAAAUUAUUUCCACUGCAGAAAUCUGAAAUAAAUUAUUUUUCUCAGUCACGAUCUCUCAGUCGACAAUCGUUUCUAAAUAUCGAAAGAAAACUCAAUUAGCCAUUUCCCAACGUCCUGGGUCUAGUCACGCGAAUCCCUUGUUGGAGGGACAAGAAAGUAUGGCAGCACAUUUAAAUUUUAAAAAUGUUUAAUGUAAAAAGGAGAUAUUUCAUUUUUGGUGUAAAAAGUUGAUAUUUGAUAGUAGAUACUUCUACUCUUUCACAUAUUUGACGCCUGUCUCCAUAUAUUUUGUCCCUCCAAACUGACCAAACGAUCCCAGAAUGCACUGUGAUCUCUUUUGGGCCUGGAAGGCUAAUUAUAUUUUUUUAUCAAACAGUAGCUACUCGGCUCAAUUUCAAUAAUACAAUAUAUUUCAAUAUAAAUUUAAUUAUGUUAAAACAUUUAACUCGGGCGAUGAAGCAAACUUUUGGUAUCUGGAAUUCUUUCUCUUUUUGUUUGUGGAAUAUGCAACUGAUAUUUUGCUUACUGCUCAAGGACAAGGGAAUGCGGAAACGUGAUUUGGAAAUAAAUCUGGAAUUUUCGAUUUAAUUUAAAUAACUUAAUACCUAUUUUUUAUGCAUUUUUCCAACGUCAAUUCAGUUUGCGGUUUUGCCAAAUUACUCUUGUCUUGGGAUGUGGAAUUUUCAAAGUUCAUAAAAAAUUCCGCCUCAUCCCACUUAACGUUCAACCUUAAUUUAUAUCUAACGUAUAACAUACUACUGAAGGACAAUUUCAUUUUAAUAGGGACAUUAAUAAGAUUCACGUUUACGGCAAACCCGGUCGCUAACUGAGUAACUGCAGUAAACGGCAACCUCCACACGUUUUCCGCGGCUAAAGCCAGUUUUUCACUUCAAUCGGAUCGUACCGAAACGUAGGGUAUUUAUUUGUUUCCUGAGCGGUAGUGUGGAACGAAUGACUUCGACACAACUAGAAAAUGCUACAGUAUACGUUACGAUACGGUUGGCUUUUAAGCCAGUUUUCCACUUCAAUCGUAUCGUAGCGAAGCGUAUUUCUUUGUUUCCUGAGCACUAGAGUGGAACUAAUGACUUCGACACAAAAGAAAAUGCUACGGUACGUUAUACGUUACGAUUGAAGUGGAAAACCGGCUUUAAAGCCGGUUUUCCACUUCAACCGUAUCGUAGCGAAGCGUAUUUCUUUGUUUCCUGACCACUAUAGAGUGGAACUAAUGACUUCGACACAAAAGAAAAUGCUACGAUACGCUACGAUACGAUACGGUUGAAGUGGAAAGCCGGCUUAAAAGUCAACUAAUGUACAGGGUGUAUCAAAAAAAUGUACACACUUUCAAAUUCAAAUUAACCGUAAUCUAUUGUAGUAAUUUGACAGUCGUAUGAUUUCUCGAAUUAAUGAAUGCAUGAAAACACAAGGUCUUCUGCACAUGGGAAUUUAGGGUAACUUCUAGUAUUUGUAUGAACAAAUACACAACUCAAAGAGAAAUGUUUAAUUUAAGCAUUAUUCAAGUCUGCAUAAGAUAUAAUAAAAUGGGGCAGCUUACUGCAGAGCAACGACUCUUAAUGGCUAAUUUGAAUUUGAAAGGGUGUACAAUUUUUGAUACACCCUGUACGUUUCAAUCAUUAAUGUACAAAUUGUUCUAACGGCUUACCAUUGUCCUCACAUUAAUUGAUUUGAAGUAUGCCACUGGACGAUAACGGAUUAAGGUCUUGAAUACGUGAAUCUUAAGGUCUUGCUAAAUAUUUGCUUGAGGGAUUACAAGAUCGAGCCAGAUACUGAAACAUGACAAGACUCUUCACUGCUGGGCCGUUCGAAACGUCGAAAUUCUUUUAUGCUCUAAUGCCAAGUAUAUAUACUGCUCGAAUCACUCACACUGCAUGGAACUGUGACACAUUCAUGACCCAGAUUUUAUCUAAAGCCGGUUACAUGUACAGACGAGCAAGUUUUCUCAGUUGACGAGUUUUCAUAUGACAAGUUUUAUAGUUGGCUCGCCUGUAUAGGCAACUUUGCCAAUUUGUAAUUUUGUACCAUGACAAAUACACUUUUUCAAGAUAGUAUGCUAGCUAGUUUGCUGGCUUUUGUGCAAGUCAGUCAUCAGUGCACUUGUCAUAGAAAAAAUUGGCAAAUGGCAAAGUACAAAUCUUGUUCGUCUGUGCGGGUCAACAAAGAAAAUUUGCCAAAAUAAUUUGAGCAUUUGCAUGCAGCGGUUGGUCAGUGACCUAGUAUUGUUGUAGUAGAAUAUAAUAGCUAUCGUGGCGGUCAGAAAAUCCAAAACUUGUCAUAGAAAAUUUUUUGUACGUACACAAGUGCAAUAGAAACCGUUGCCCGUCUGCCAAACCAAUAUGUAGGACUUGUAUGGAAUUCAUGUGUAUGUAUCUUUUGUCAGUUUUGGGGUUUAUUUUUACAAUUUUAGAACUUGGGCACGAUGCUAAAAUGUCAGUGGUGAAAUGGAUGCCACUUUUUGGGUGAGUUCAAAUGCCGUUAUUGAAAUUACGCUGGUCUCGGCUGUACACAGGCUACGCUGGUCUUCCCUCUUGGGAGAUGAUUAUUGGGACACACAAAAAAUUGUCAACAAUUGUAACAAUGCUAAUUAGAACUAAUCUGCUAGAUUUUGUGAUACUUCCUACCAUGGCCAGAGUCUUUUUACGUUACAUAUACUGGUUAAUGAUUAUGAAACUUUGUAGCUAUCUUCAAGUAUAUUAAUAUUGGAACAAUGUUUUGAAAGAAGGAUUUUCGAUGAUCGAUCUCAAAAUUUAUGACGCAUCUAUCUUUUUAUAGUGAAAGUGAAGAGUUUGAAGCAUGCUGUGCAGCCAGACUGGACGAGAUCUUAAAACAGGCACUUGAUUUGGAACAAAACCUGAUUGAGCAAAAGGAAUGUUUGAGAGCAAGGAUGAAAGCGGUUUCCAGAACAUUAAUGGCGUCAUAUUAA